GUCAAAUUUGCAGAAAUACUCCGAACAAUAGCGCCAUUUUUCUGCUUGUAAACGGUUUUUGUAUAUUGCAUUUAAACAUUUUUGUAAUAGAAAUUAAAUAAUUUGUGUAAAUUGCGCAGUUAGUGACGAAAUACAAUGUUUGGUGGAACUAAACCCACAUUUGGUACCUCUACGCCGGGCACUGGUUUUGGUGGUUUUAGCAGCACGACCACUGCUUCACCAUUCGGCCAGUCUGCCUUUGGAAAACCGGCAACAUCAACAUUUGGCGCUGCACCUACUUUUGGCACACAACAGCAAACGCCUUCAUUGUUUGGUGCCAAUCCUACGCAGCCUCAAUCGAGUGGAUUAUUUGGUGCUGCAAAUACAACUUCGGCUUUCGGCAGCACUACAACUGCUCAGCCAGCUUUUGGAGGAUUUCAGCAAACGGGACAAACACCAUCGAUGUUUGGCGCUCCACAACAAGCGGCCAAUAUUAGUUCCGUUUUCGGACAAUCGACAACAUCUGCUUUUGGAUCCGCUGUUAAGCCUGGUACGCUAGGUGGCUUUGGCCAGACAGCUGCGCAACCAACUUCUUCAUUAUUUGGUCAACCUGCUGCUGCAACUAGCACAUCUGGUUUUGGUUCAUUUGGUCAAACGCAACCAACUACAAGCAAUGUGUUUGGUAGUGGUACAACUAUGAUGAUGGGAGCUAAUGCUGGCUCUUCUAUAGCCAAAUAUCAACCUACAAUUGGCACCGACACACUCAUGAAAGCUGGUCAACCAAAUAAUGUGAACACCAAGCAGCAUUGUAUUACUGCCAUGAAAGAGUACGAAGGCAAAUCCUUGGAAGAAUUGCGUUUGGAAGAUUACAUGGCGAAUCGUAAAGGUCCACAGGCUGGCACAUCCGGAGCAACUACUGGUUUCUUUGGUUCAACCACUCAACCAGCAGCUACUGGUACUGGUCUUUUUGGCGCAACCGCUCAACCGACUACCGGACUUUUUGGUCAACAAGCUGCUACGACAACAGAUAACAAAGGCUUGUUUGGUGGAGGUGCCUUCGGUCAAACUAACACCUCUGCCUUCGGCGCAACCACACAGCAAAAUAGCUUUCUGGGCAAACCUUUUGGAGCGCCAGCCACCACUGGUUUUGGCGCAGCUACAACGGACUCUUCUAAUUUGUUUGGUGCUAAGCCUGCUUUUGGACAGACACAACCAAGUUUGUUUGGUCAAACAUCGACAGCAACAACAGCGCCUGCAUUUGGACAAACUAACACCGCUUUUGGUGGCUUUGGUGCCGCAGCUCCUGCGCAACAAACUUCGCUGUUCGGCGCACCCGCCGCUGAUGCUAACAAACCCGCGUUCGGCCUUGGAACAUCAUCGGCAGGCACGACUGGCUUUGGUGGAUUUGGCACUGCAGCAACAAGUACCGCCGGCACCGGAUUGUUUGGUGCCAAACCCGCUGCAACUGGUUUCGGCGCUGCACCUGCAUUUGGUGCAACAUCCACAGCCAAUACAGGUUUCACAAAUUUUUCACUUGGAAACACAAGCGGAGGACUAUUUAAUUCUACACUAAAUAAACCUGCAACUACUGGAUUUGGGGCAUUUGGCACACAAACCUCCACAGCACCAUUGAACUUUAACAGCGGCUCCACUGGCACUUCAUUGUUUGGCAAUGCUGCAGCCAAACCCGGUGGACUUUUCGGUUCCACUCUUGGCCAGGGUGCCACAAACACAACUGGUGGACUCUUUGGUGGUGGGGGUGCUAGUGCUUUUGGCACCGGUGGCACUUUAGGUGGUGGCUUUGGCUCGAGUACUCUCGGUGGUGGAAAUAUGUCGUUAGGGGGCCUUGGCGGUAACCAGCAACAGCAACAACCGCCUAUUCAUCAACAAAUAUUGGCGAAGGUCACCUCCCCUUACGGCGAUAAUCCAAUUUUCAAAGACUUAAAACGAAGCGACGAAACAGAUGCCACACGUGCCACAAAUCCCGCCGCGCAAAAGGCAAUACUCGAGACAACAAUGAACCAGUUUAAGGUUUCUACUCGCUCCAGUCCGAGCGUAGUGCGCGUUAAGCCAAUCACAAGUGCGUUAACGAAAAAAUCACUUUUCGAAGGUCUUGAGGAAUUUGAUUCGACUGUGGAGACCUUCAGCCUAAAGCCCAAUGCGAAACGACUUAUAAUAAAACCCAAGCCGGCAAAUACGGUUGUCGGCAAUAGUUCGAGUACCAACACUAGUCCCAAUAGACAAACAAUCGCGCAAAAUUCGCUUACCAAUAGUGGACAGCGCCAGUCGGGAGGUGUGGCUCAGCCCCCUACAUCGACGCUUCGCAACGAAUCAUUCUCUGGGCAAAUACCAUUGGAUCCACCAACAUCGGAGGCAGCGAAAUCUUCCACACACCCUACAGCAUCAAUUGCGCCCAAAAUUGGACGCGAAAGUGAUAUAGGACGUCGCGAAUCUUGGCUGCAUCCCAAUAAUGUGGAGCGAAUGCGGCAACAAAACUUGAAUAGCAGCAUUGAAAGCGUUGUGCCACUGAAUAGCACACUUUCUGAGUUGGUGCCACGCAAACCCUUGGACACUUACCGCGCAACGGGUGGCGCCGGUACAACGGGCACACCGGUCGGACGCCCGUCUGUUUCUACAGUGCUGGAGAAUACAUUUGAAGAGCAAACGAGUCGCGAGACGUCACGUCGCGAUGCUUCGGCACAUCAUGACGAAAGCUUGUUCUCCAAUCGCUCAUAUCCCGGCGACGAGCGCUCGGUUAUCGAAGAAGCAGCAGAAGAAUACGAAGAACACCCUACGGGCAUCACUCUGAGACGCAUUGGUUACUAUACGAUACCUUCACUGGACGAUCUGAAGUCUUAUCUUGCCGAGGAUGGGUCCUGUAUUGUGCCCAACUUUACAGUGGGCCGCGAGGGAUAUGGUAAUGUGUAUUUUGGCAAGGAAAUGGACGUGGCUGGCUUAAAUCUGGAUGAAAUAGUACACUUCCGAAACAAGGAAAUUAUCAUUUAUCCUGAUGAUGACAAUAAGCCACCCAUUGGUAGUGGUUUGAACCGCGAAGCGCAAGUAACUUUGGAUCAAGUUUGGCCGCAUGACAAAACCAAGCACGAGCCCAUUAAGGAUCCAGUGCGUCUGGCCGACAUGGAUUGGGAAGCAAAAUUGCGCAGAGUUUGUGAUAAGAAUGAUACACGUUUCAUUGAAUAUCGUCCGGAGACGGGUAGCUGGGUGUUUCGAGUGAAGCAUUUCUCGAAAUAUGGACUCAACGACAGCGAUGAAGAGGACGAAGGUGUGCCAACAGACCCGAAAAAAGCAAAGAUGGGUGCGGCAGCAGGUGCGCAAGGUGCCACAGCUGUAGUAGCGGGCCAAGUUGCAGCAGCCAACGCCGCAGCAGCUGAUAAAAUUACAAUGGCGGCCCUGAAGAAUGCCCAAAAGAUUUCCGAGGAUGCUGCACGUGCGCUAGAUCCAAAAAGUCUUGCAGCCGGUAGUGGUAAUUUUUAUCCUAUGGAUGAGUCCGCCGAAUUCAUGUUGAUGGAUAAGACACAAUUUCUCCAAGCAAAUGGCAAUGAUUAUUCGCUAUAUGAAGCGCAACAACAGCAAAUUCCACGCGUAACUAGCCCAACAGCUUUUUUGGCGCGCGAAGCAGGCACCGACUCACACAAGCUGCAAUUAAUGAAGGCUUCUUUCUUCGGCGACGACGAUUUAGACAAUAAGUCAGAGGGCACUGGCGCCGAGCUUGAAAACAAUUACUCUGAUUUUAAUCGCAAUCGGAGCCGUCGCGCUGGUUUAUUUGGAAAACAUCUGCAAGAUAUGCGCGUUUCAUCGCAAAAUUCGUUAUGGAAGGAGGCUGGCCUUGGCGGUGCCCUAUCGGAGGCAUCGAGUCAAUUGGAUUUCGUUAUGCAGAACUCGCCAUUGCCACCAUCUUCGUCGGGUUCCGUUGUGAGCAUUAUGCGAGAAAUUGACACCGAGAGAUCGACACCCGCCGCAGGCAGUGACUCAACAGCGCCCUUGCAAAUGGUUAAAUUACCGAAAUUCUCUGUGAGACCCAAAGUGGCCAGCGUGAAAGGGCUGGCACAUCAAGUGCCAAUUGCAAACUCUGUGGCCUUUAAAUUGAAAGGCAUAUGGGCAGCGGAUUUGGGUUUGCAUAACUAUCGUCGCUUUAAACUGGGCUUUGGUCCACAGAACACGCUUAUUGUGCCAUCUACACGCAAGAAUUUGGACCGUGAAGUGCAAAAUGAACACCUCUACCACGCCGCACCAUAUAUAUUCAAGGGUCGUGGCUCAAACGAUUUCAGCAGCAUUGUAUUGCAGCACGUCAAAAUAUCCUCAGUCAUGCACUACGAACACUUCAAAGAGAGUAUUGUCACACAUUUAGAGCUGCAAUUGCACAACUCUCUGCAAGAAGACGUUGAGGGCAGUGAAUGUCCUUGGAUAAAGUCGGAUAAUGGCACCGAUUUGAUUGUGAAACAUCUUGACGAAGCAAUCAAACAAAUUAAUUUGAGUCCACUAGAAGAGUAUGCCGUUUCGGUGUGGUCACUAUGUUUAGCAUUAUGGGGUGAGCAUGAAGAGCUGGAGGGACGCGAACCAGCUUCACACUUUGCCGUUAUGUGUCGACGCAAUUUACUCUCCGAAUGGUUGGAGAAUACAUUGACCGAGAAAGAUUUACUCACGAAGAGUGUGUCCAAAAACACGUAUCUCGAUCACUUGUUGGACCUGGUGAUGUGUCACAAAGUGACCGAAGCAUGUGAGCUGGCUGUGCGUUACGACGACGUAAAUCUGUCCUUAUUGCUGUCACAACUCUCAUCGGGACCCACUGUGCGUCAGCUAAUGGAGGAUCAAUUGGCCGCCUGGCACAAAGAAGAAGCCGACAAAUUUAUACAAUUGGAGCGUUUGAAGUUAUACAUGCUGGUAGCCGGGGUGGCGCUAAUGGAUUCCGGACAUGGACCCAUCAACACUUUGGAUGGCAUUGAAUGGAUCAAAGUGCUGGCGAUUCAAUUGUGGUACCUCUCAUCGCCCACUGCAUCCAUAACCGACGCUCUUUUGGCCUACGAUAAGUCUUUCAAGUCGGAAGAGUUCUACUCAAUGCCGCCCACGCCGUGUUAUAUGGACAAGACUAAUUUAAAUGAAAAACACGUGAUUUACGAUUUGCGUUAUCACUUGCUGCAGCUUUACUCCAAACGCAGUCAUCCAAUGGAGAGUCUACUGAAUCCAGCCACGCACACAGCCGACCCAAUGGACUAUCGCCUGAGCUGGUUACUGCUGCAAACUUUGGAGGCCAUCGGUUAUCGCCACUGCUCCGAGCUCAGCGAAAGUCAAUUGCAUGUUGGCUUCGCCAGUCAACUAGAGUGUAAUGACCUCUGGGAAUGGGCCAUUUUCGUGCUGUUGCAUAUAAAGGAUCGCAAUCAACGUGAAUUGUCUGUACAGAAUGUACUUUACCGUUAUGUAAGUGUUUCCAAAGAUGUCGCGCUGUCAGAGAAGGAGAAAUUCGUUAUCAAUAAUUUGGGCGUGCCAGAAAAAUGGAUUGAUUAUGCUAAAGCAGUGAAAGCAGGCGCUAUUGGCAAUUACCAAUUGCAAGCAAAAUAUUUGCUGAAGGCCAAACAAUGGGCUUUGGCGCAUGAAGUCAUCUUCCAACAUCUCGCACCCGAUGCAAUUAUUAAUGACAACCUCGACUAUUUACACGAUUUGUUGAGCCAGUUCGAGGGUGCCGAGGCAACUAAAACCAUCAAAGUACCCAAUUGGUCGAGUCAGGGACAAAUUUUCUUAGAUUUUAUCGAUAUUAAUGAGAAGUUCAAGAGUUUGAAAUCGCUGAAGACGGAGGCAGAUAUCGAGGCACGUUGGGAGAAUUUGAAACCACAAUUGGCUGAUUUAUGUUCUCGCAUAAAUCUCUUGCCCUGCCCCACGGCCAAACACCGUCUAUGUCAAAGUGAGAUAGCUCAAAAUCUCGCAUGUCUCGUUCGCGGCGUAUUGCUCGUUUGUCCCGUGUUGAAUCCAUGUUUGAUUAUAAAGAUUGCAUUGGAACGCCUGCCUUUGCCACAGGAAUUUGCACAACAAGAGCUGCGGGCACUGCUCGACACGCUGGUCGAGGAUUUGGCUAAAGUGAAUGCCAGCGAUAAUAAUGAAUUAAUCAUGGCUAAAUGACAUUGAAUGACGUCUAAAAUGAAGAAGUAAAGUUAUGUUUAGUUUUAGUGAAA